AUGAUUACGAAAUGAAUAUCUUUAGCUGAAUGCGACAUCGAAAAAACAAAACCUUGUGACAAAGUGACAAAGGUGACAAAAGGGACAAUAAUGGCACACAAAUCGGACAAUAAUACCUUUAAGAGUGAACUAGCACUACGAACUAGAGCUGCAGAUCAAUGUAUAUAAAGCUGACGGUUUUUUAAAGCAAAACAUAUUCCAAUUUGAUUUAUCAGCAAUAACAAGUGAAUUAUUUCAUUUCUGUGAACCAUCUAAACCCUUGAAACCAUUAAAAAUGUUGAUUUUUAUGUUAACUGUGACUUUGUUUGCUAAUGUUGUCCUUGUUUCAUCCCAUUCCGAAAGAUCCAUUGAAAUAUUGAAUCAUGAUGCUACAGUGAUCGACUGUGCUCGAUACAAGAGAGAAGCCAAUCAACAUAAAUGUGUCAUCACUCCAUUCACAACUGAAGGCCCAUACUUUUUACCCGAUGACUAUGAACGCUCAGACAUUACUGAUGGCUAUACUGGAGUCAACUUGAAUCUAACUCUUCUAUUAACCAAUGCUAAGGAUUGUUCACCUUUAUCCAACUAUUAUGUUCAUAUUUGGAACGCUAAUGCCAUGGGUCACUAUUCAGGGGUAAAAGAGUUUAACUUUUUUGAUCAUCCAACCUUCCGUCCAAAACCAAUCAACAAUUUAAGGUUUCUUAGAGGUUACCAAAUAACCAAUGAAGAUGGUUUAGUAAACUUCAAUACAAUCAUUCCUGGUUGGUACUUUGGUCGUUGUAUUCAUAUUCAUGUUGAAAUUUAUGACAAAAAUACCACAGACGGACAUGCAGUCAGUUACAUUGGACAGCUUUACUUUAACCGAGAGAUGCCUGCAGCAUUGAAACUGAUCGAUCCUUAUUCACAAAAUAACAAUGAAUUGACAUUAAAUGAUCAAGAUAUUGUCUUCGCCUUGUCUAGAGGAUCCGACACAAUAUUAGAGUUGAUUCCAGAAGGUAAUGGUUACAGUGCAUCUUAUGUUUUGUCAAUUGAUCCAACUGUUAAAGUUGAAAAUAGCGUCCUUCCAUUCGAAGAUCCACGAAAUGUUUCAUUUAUUGAGCAUUGAUUGAUAUUCUCCAUCCAAAUACUCUAAAACAAAAUAAAGCAUGAAAUAAAUUAAACUUAAA